AUGUGGGAUAAAGUAGCGCUAUUCGCCUUCGUCGCAUCAACUGCAUCUGCCUAUUUCAUCAAUAUUGAUGCAAAUGAGGAGCAAUGCUUUUUUGAUCGUGUGAUAUCUGGUACAAAGAUUGGCCUCAUGUUUGAAGUGGCCGAAGGAGGAUUUCUUGACAUUGAUGUUAAG